AUGGCCUCGCCGAUGCGGCUGCCGCUGCUGCUCCUUCUGCUGGGCUGGGCUCUGGCCGGCAGCAUCGCGGAGGCAGCGGGGUCGUCUUCGAGGCGCCGCCGCCCGUCCUUCCACGGCCACGUGCCGGAGAACUGGCCGGCGGGGACGCGGGUGGGCGGCCUGAGCAUCCCCCUGACGCGGCUGGCGCGGCCGGAGCCGUGGUGCGCCAAGGUGCGCGGGCGGCGCUGGCAGCUGGAGCUGCUGGGCGAGGCGCACGGGCACUUCCAGGCGGCGCUGCAGGCGCGCUCGGGACAGGUGUGGCUGCGCACCCGGCGGCCCCUGGACCGCGAGGCCCGCCCGCGCUACGCCCUGCGCCUGGCCCUGCGCUGCCACCGCCGCGCCGCCCCCGCCGAGCUGGCCGCGCUCAGCAUCGCCGUGCUGGACGCCAACGACAACGCGCCCCGCUUCGCCAACCUCGGGCCGUCGUCGUCGGUGCGGCGGCUCCGCGUCGCCGAGACGCUGGCGCUGCGGGCGCCCGUGUGGCAGGCGCGGGCCCAGGACGCUGACGCGGGCGCCAACGCCGAGCUGCGCUACUUCGCCCGCCCGCCCAGCGCCCACUUCUUCGUGGUGCCGCGCAGCGGGCGCGUUGUCCUGGUCCGCUCCCUGCUCCACCUGCGCGCUCCGCUCCCGCUCCGCCUCUUCGCCCGCGACCGCGGCCGGCCCGCGCUCCUAAGCGCCCCGCUCGACCUCGAGGUCCUGCCCGAGCCCGUCCAGCUGCCGCCCCCCGACGACGCCCCGCUCCGACGACGACGCGCCCUGCCCCCGCAGGAGCCCCCGCUGGCGUUGGCGCUGCCCGAGGACGCCCGGCCCGGCACCCUCCUGGCCACUCUCCGCCCCGCCGCCCGCUUCGCCGCGCCCCGCUUCCAGCUCGUGUCUCCCCCCGCCGGGGAGGCCCCCGUCCGCCUGGACGCCGACACCGGAGAGCUCACCUUGGCCCGCGGCCUGGACCGCGAGGCCGCCGCCCGCUGGGAGGUUGUCUGCCGCGUCCAGGACAGGACAGGAAAGAAUUGGUACCUGGUGCAUUUGGACCUCACAGUGACAGAUGUAAAUGACAACGUCCCUGAAUGGGCCAUGGAGCCUUUCCCUUACCUAGCAACUGUUUCCCCUAAAGCUGCAGCAGGCACAAAAGUGUACAAGCUCUUGGCUAAGGAUCAAGAUGAGGAUGAAAAUGGAGCCGUUGAAUAUUUUCUGGUAGAAGGUGGAGAGAACAGAUUUGAAGUUGAAAAAGAUACCGGCUGGAUCAAAACAACCGGUUUGCCUCUGGUGAAGGAGAGGGAAUAUUUGCUGACUGUGCUGGCAGCUGACAAACCAGGACGCCAGGGCUCCCCUGCCUCAGUGUCUGUAGUUGCUGGACGUCGAGCGCCGCAGUUUGCCAACACGUCGUACUCUGUUUACGUCCCUGAAAAUCUGCCACUGGGAGAACCGUUCCUGACCGUGUCCGCUUUGUCACAUCAAAACAAGUCCCUGAGCUACAGCCUCUUAACUAAUCCAAACGGCCUGUUCGGCAUUAACCAGGGGUCAGGGGACAUCUACUUCAGUCGAAAUCUGGAUUACGAGAAUGGUCAGCACCAGUACCUCCUCCUGGUUCAAGCAAGAGAAAACCAGGGACAGCUCAGCAGCACUGUUGAGGUUUGGGUUGUGAUCACAGACGUGAACGACUGUGCCCCAGAAUUCCAGCAGUCAAUCUACACCAAAGACAACGUCCCCGAAACUGUGACUGUAACAACUGCACUUUUACAAGUGUCAGCCCAUGACUGUGAUUCUGAAGAAAAUGCAGAAAUCCUCUAUUACACCCUGAGCUCAGAGUUCAGCAUUUCCAGUCACGGCACCAUCUUCCCAGCCACAGAGCUGGAUUAUGAGCGUCCUAAUCACCUGUAUGAAUUCGUAAUCAUGGCGGUAGAUAAAGGAGAGCCCCCAAGAACUGGGACAGCGACGGUCAGGAUCCGCCUCUCAAACAUCAAUGACGAAGUUCCCAGGUUCUCACAAACAAUCUAUCGGAGUUUCGUUUCGGAGGAUGCAGGUCCAAACACGCUCAUAGCUACGGUUCAUGCCAUAGACCCUGAUGGAGAUGGUGUUGCUUACAGCAUUACUGGAGGGAAUCAAAAGGGAAACUUCAUUAUCGACCCUCAGAAGGGGUUAAUCCGUCUUCGCUCAAGCCCGCUUCCUAGGCUGCAGGGUCCAGAGUAUGUCCUUAACAUCACGGCUACAGAUGACAAUGCCUCUGGUGGACCUCACUCUCUUACAAGCACCGCUUUGGUCAUUGUGCAUGUGGAUGAUGUCAAUAACAACAAACCUGUGUUUCAGAAGUGCCAGCAUUAUCGUGAGCAUGCCUCUGUGCUGGAAAACCAGCCGGUGGGAACCUUCGUGUUGCAAGUGGUGGCAACAGACGCAGAUGAAGGGUCCAAUGGCCAAGUGAAAUAUGGCUUGAUGCACAGAGAGGGGACCCUCCCCGCUUUUAACAUCCACCCUGACACAGGCAUCUUGACAACACUUCAGAUAUUUGACCGGGAGAAGCAGCGAGAGCAUCCCAUUACUGUGACAGCCACGGACCAGGCGGCCGAGCCCCUCAUUGGGAUCUGCCAGAUCAACGUUGUGGUCUCGGAUGUGAAUGACAACAGCCCCAGAUUUGAAAACACUCAUUAUGAAUACUUCCUGAGAGAAGACACGAGUGUUGGGACAAGCUUCCUCCGUGUUGCAGCCCAUGACGACGACUACGGCUCCAACGCUUCCAUCACGUAUUCUGCAGCAGGUGGGAAAACGAAGUACUUCCAGGUCAAUCCUGCUACAGGCUGGGUUUAUGUCAACCAACCCUUGUUACAGAAAUCCUUUAUAACUCAACAAAUCAUAGCAAUGGAUGGAGGGAACAGGAGUAGCAAGGUUGAGCUUAGAGUUACCAUCACCAGUGCAAAGAACCAGCCCCCUCAGUGGGAGAGGGACAGCUAUGAAGUCGUCAUUCCAGAGAAUACAACAAGAGAUACUUCCAUUGUGACAAUUAAAGCCACGUCUCCCCUUGGCGACCCACGCAUCACAUACAAUCUUGAAGAGGGGCUGGUUCCGGAGACCAACAUGCCAAUCCGAUUCUACCUGACUCCCAACAGAGAUGAUGGUUCUGCAUCCAUCCUCAUAGCUGAGCCUUUGGACUAUGAAACCACCAAGUCCUUUUUGUUGAGGGUCCGGGCCCAGAAUGUGGCCUCGGUGCCACUUGCUGCAUUCACCACCGUCUACGUUAAUGUGACAGAUGUCAACGACAACGUCCCUUUCUUCACCUCCUCAAUUUACGAAGCUUCUGUAACAGAAGGAACAGAGGUUGGGACUUUGGUUUUCCAAGUCUCUGCCACUGACCUCGACCUGGGCCAGAAUGGUGAGAUCACUUAUUCUCUGCUACCUGACCGCAGCGGUGACUACACGUUCUUCCGCUUGGAUUCGAAAACGGGUUCCAUCUAUACCGCCUCCGUGUUUGACAGGGAAAAGAAGGCGUCGUACCUCUUGGAAGUCAAGUCCACAGAUGGCUCAGAAUCAGCUCGCCCUGGAAAGCAUGGCCAGCCAAAUACCGACACCGCCUACGUGCGCAUCUUUAUCAGCGACGUCAACGACAACAAGCCCAUAUUCACCAAGAGUGUCUAUGAAGUUAAUGUGGAGGAAGACCAAGACGUGGGAUCAACUGUCAUCACUGUCAGCGCUAAUGAUGAAGACGAAGGAACUAAUGCAAAGUUAAGGUACCAGAUAACAGCCGGAAACACCGGAGGAGCGUUUGAUGUUGAACCAGAAACAGGAGUCGUCUUCAUUGCGCAGUCACUAGAUUACGAAGAAGCCCAGUUGUAUGAACUCCACCUAUUGGCUUCUGAUGGGAAAUGGGAGGAUUACGCCAUUGUAAUCAUCAACGUUGUAAAUAAAAACGACGAAGCUCCCGUUUUCUCUCUCAAUGAAUAUUACGGAAGUGUGAUUGAGGAACUGGAUGGCCUUCCGGUCUUCGUUCUUCAGGUUGUAGCAAAUGAUCCUGAUAGCAUCUUGGAUGGAGGUGAUCUGAGAUACUCCUUGCAUGGACAUGGGGCAGAUGACGUAUUUGCUAUCGAUGAGAACACAGGCAGCAUUUAUUCCCAGAAAAUGUUAGACCGGGAAGAGCGAGCCCUUUGGAGAUUUGUUGUGCUGGCAACGGAUGAAGGAGGGGAAGGGCUUACUGGCUUUGCAGAUGUGAUUAUAAACAUCUGGGAUAUAAACGAUAAUGCCCCUGUGUUCACCUGCAUGCCCAGUGAUUGCAACGGGAGUGUCUUUGAAAGCUCACCUGAAGACACGUUCGUCAUGGAGAUGACAGCUGUAGACUUGGAUGACCCGAACGUGGGUCUCAAUGCAAUUUUGACUUACCGUAUAAUUGAGAAUGUGAAAAAUGACUUGGAUAUGGACUUGUUCAAAAUCAAUCCUAGUACUGGCAACAUCUAUGUGGCGGAAGGGAUGUUGGACAGAGAAAAGAUGGAAAAAUAUUUCCUUACCGUUGAAGCAAAAGAUGGUGGAGGACUGGCGGGGACAGGCACAGCAACCAUCUGGGUUGCAGAUGUAAACGAUCAUAUCCCUAGCUUCACGCAGGAAGUUUGGCAUACUGUAAUCCCCGAAACCAUUGCCGUCAACUCAGAGGUUCUGGAAGUGUCGGCAGCUGACGAAGACAGCGGGGAAAACGCUCACUUGACAUUCAGCAUUAUUGGUGGGGAUCCAGAACAGAAGUUUUACAUUGAAAGCCACAAGGAAGGCCACCACGCUACCAUCAGGCUGAAAAAGGCCUUGGAUUAUGAGCAGAUCCACGAAAGGUGGUUCAACCUUACAAUCAAGGUGGAAGACCUAGAUUUCUCUAGCACCGCCUUUUGCUUGAUCGAAGUAGAAGACCGUAACGACCACAAGCCGGUUUUCAGUUCUCAGUUUGUCCAGCUGAGCCCUUUCUUUGAAAACAUACCUGUGGGAACCACCAUAAUCACCGUGACGGCCACGGACGAGGAUUCUGGUUUGAAUGGGGAUACUGAAUAUUCCAUCCAGGUGGAUUCUGAUCCAGCCGGACAAUUUGCGAUAGACCAGGACGGCCACGUGACCGUGGCCAAACCGCUGGAUCGCGAGGUCAUUCAGGAGUACCGUCUAAUAAUACAGGCUUCUGAUCAAGGCCUACCUGCCCAAACAGGAAGUGUUACGGUAUUGGUUGCCUUGCUGGAUGUCAAUGACAACGGGCCAAGGUUUGAGGCCCCAUAUAUGCCUGUGGUCUGGGAAAAUAUGCCAGGGCCUCAGCUGGUUUCCAUGAGCCCUGCGUCUCCUCUCCUUUGGGCUUUUGACCCAGACAGUGAUGAGAAUGGGCCACCUUUUAUGUUUUUCUUGCCACCAGAUUAUCAGAAUUCUUUGGAUUUCUCUCUCACCGACAAUGGAAAUAAUACUGCAACGAUCACCGCUCUGAGGUCCUUUGACAGAGAGAAGCAGAAGCUGUUCCACCUCCCCAUUAUUAUAACCGAUAGUGGGAGCCCCCCUGUGAGUUCCACAAACAUAUUGACCAUCACUAUUGGUGACGAAAAUGACAACAGCCAUGAAGCUGGCCAUAAAGUGAUCUAUGUUUAUGUACACAGAGGAAAAUGGUCGACAACGGUGCUUGGGGAAGUGUUUGCACCCGACCAGGAUGACUGGGACAAUAAAACAUUUGUCUCUGAAGGAAAAAUGCACAAAUCUUUCAGGUUGAAUCAAAGGACUGGCUCUCUGCUUAUGGUGGAUAAUGCUCCUCAGGGAACGUACGAGUUUAAAAUCAGAGUGUCAGAUGGAAUCUGGCCUGACGUUCUAGCAACUGUGCAGAUACAUGUCAAAGAGAUAGAAAACGAAGCCAUUCGGAACUCGGCAACCGUACGCCUGGCAGACAUGACUGCAGAAGAGUUCAUAAGGAAGGAUGAGCCUGAGGAGAGCAGGCACGACAAGUUUAAGGAUCUUCUGGCAGGCAUCUUCUCGGUCCGCCUUGAGGACAUCGUGGUUUUCAGCGUGACAAAUAUAGACGGGAGACAGACUGACGUGAGAUUUGUGGUUCAAAAUGGCUCCUCCUAUUACAGGCCAGAGAAACUGCUGGGACAGGUUGCUGCCUUCAAAAGCAAGAUCCAGCUGGCUUUAGGAGUGAACGUUUCUCAGGUUGAUGUGGAUGAAUGCCACAGGACAGACUGCAGCGGCAGCAGCGGGUGCGUGAACUACAUCACGGUGAGUGACAUCCCCACAGUGAUGGACACCGGAAGUGUGUCACUUGUCUCCAUAACAACCAGCGUCAGCGCCGUCUGCACCUGUGCAGCUAGAGAGAGAGUCCACCGGUCAUGUAGCUCGUACUCUCACAACCCCUGUUUCAAUGGAGGAACUUGCAUUGACAUGCUGAAUGGUUACAGGUGCCAUUGUUCUGCUUCGUUUCAUGGACCAGAUUGCCAGCAGACAAAGCACAGUUUCCAUGGAAAUGGCUAUGCCUGGUUCCGCCCCAUCAGGCCUUGCUUUGAGAGCUCCCUCUCCCUCGAGUUUAUUACUGAUGUUCCAGAUGGGCUUUUGCUAUACAAUGGCCCCCUGUCAGAUUCGGGACCUGGGAACUCAGAAAACUUCAUUGCAAUAGAGCUUUCCGGCGGGACUCCAGUGCUGAAAGUCAACCAUGGCCUGGGCACUGUGGAACUGCACCUGCCGAGUUAUGUGAACCUCACAGACAAAAGGUGGCACCGUCUCGAAGUGAGAAGCAGCCGGCAGGAUGUUCGAUUCACCGUGGACCACUGUGGAGCUGCAGUUGUGUCAGAGAUAGAAGGGGUAGGAAAAUGGUUGUCGACCGAAGACCGAACAAACUGUGAGGUUGUGGCCUUUGUUCCACAGUCAAGGAGGUACUUGAAUAUGAACCAGGUCCUCCAGUUGGGCGGAGUAAAAGAAUCGGUUCCAUAUUCGUACCCCCAGUUGCGGCACAAACAUUUUACCGGCUGUAUCCGGAGUCUUGUUUUGGACACUCACGUGUAUGACCUUGAGUCUCCAGCGGAGUCUCUGAAUAGUUCUCCUGGCUGCACCUGGACAGACGGCAACUGUGAAAAGAUGGGCUCCUCUCCCUGUGGCCUCCAUGGGCAAUGCCUUGGCGAGUGGGACUCGUUUACCUGCCACUGCCUGCCAGGUUACUAUGGCUCCAAAUGUGACAAAGCUGCUGAAGAAUCUUCAUUUGGGCCUGGGAGUCACAUAUGCUAUCAGCUUCCCUUCUCCAUACCUGCCCGUAGAACAGUAGCAGAUGCCAUGAUAAGGAUGCGAGAGCCCAACGGUAUCAUCCUGAGCAUGUCUUCCCGCAACAAGGAUGAACACAUCACCCUGCAGGUGGUCGAGGGGUUCUUAGCAGUGUCUUACAACCUGGGAGAUGGAGCGGCUGCGGUGAGCCUCCCCUCCUACCAAGUGGAUAAUGGAGAGUGGCAUCACGUUUCCCUGGAGAGAAAUGAGAACGAGUUCAUUCUCCGCCUGGAUGGAGGAGGUGGGAAGAGAGAAAUCCUGAAGGCAGCCGGCGCCUACAAAGAGAUCAUAAUUGAUCCCAACAGCUUGGUGGUUGGCAACACAUACCCUGUCAAUCAGAGCAGCAGUUUCCAAGGAUGCAUGAAGGAUGUCAGAUUCAAUAACUACAGGCUACCUCUAGAUUCUUACCCUAAGGAGCUUGUGCUGAGUGCCCAAGGAGUGAGAAAAGGCUGCCUUUCCGAAGCUUGCAAGAGCAAUCCCUGCAGCCAGCAAUUCAUCUGCAUUGACUUGUGGAUGAUGCAUGAGUGCAGCUGCCCUCCAGGACACAUGUUGGUGGAGAACGUCACCGGCCGGCACUGUGUUUACACGGCAUGCGCUCAGAGGCCCUGUAACUUUGGCACCUGCAUCUCCCAGUCGGCAAGCAAGUUCCGAUGCCACUGCCCCGACGGCUACUCCGGCCGCAACUGUGAAAUCACACUAGCCAUCUUCCACAAAGACGCUGGGCUGAGCUUCAGCUCCAUGUUUGCCAUCUGCAUUUGCUUCCUGGCCCUACUAGUUCUGCUCAGCGGUGUCUUCCUGUGGACUCGGUGGAAGAGCCACAAAAGCAUGAACGGAGGAGUUUACCACGUCACCACCUGCCACGAUGACUUGGAGGACAUUCGAGAGAACAUCCUCAACUAUAACGAGGAAGGGGGUGGGGAGCAGGAUCAAGAUGCUUACAACAUGGCGGAGCUCCAGAUGUCCCUUCAAACCAGCCCAGCCUACUCCCUUUACAAGAAGAAAGGAAAGCGGGCAGAGCUGCAGAGUCCCGUGAGUUGCGACCUCCCAGCCAGUCCAAAGGAGCAGCUGGAAGCCCUUUCCACAGGACUGGGCUCCUCCUUCUCCAGCAUCGACUUUGGAUGCUACCUUUCAGGGGUGGUUAGAAACAUGGACCAGCUGCACCACGCCCUGCCCUGCGAUUCCUUGCAAGUCUUUUACACGGAAGGAGAGUGUUCAGAAGCCAGCAGCCUAAGUUCCCUGGGCUCCGGUGGAUGGGAGGAAGAUACAGCCUACGGGGAUAUGAAAGAGUGGGGGCCGAAGUUUGAAAAACUCAGCAAACUCUAUUCUCAUGCAGAGUCCGAUGACGGUUAGGCUGCUGAACUCAUCUUUGCACAAUGCUUGAAGGUCCCUUGUGGUGUUUUGGGGUUUUGGGGGGGUGGGGCGGGUAAAGGUACUUUUAACAUUUGAUAAAGUCAAUCUCUACUGAGAUACUUCAAAGGCACGGCUAAGAUGGAGACCAGGU